AGGUAAGCAGAGCAAGAAAGCAACUCCGAUUAAGGUACUUCAAACUUGAAAAAACCCGGAGGGCAAGCAUGGAUCACUACCUUAUCUUCACACUUUAACCCCGCGCACAAAAUCGCCAUGAAACUCAUCAACAACCUCAUAGCCAUCCUCCUUGGCGGCACUACCCUCCAUGCCUUCCUCUUUCCCGCCCCAGAAUCGCCAUAUACGGUUCAGUGGACAUCAUUAGAGCUAGUCGACGCCCGCCGCCACGACCCAUUCAAUAGCUCCCACCCACGGCGUAUCAUGAUCUCGCGCUUCACUCCAAUCCCCAAGCACCAUUGCACCGAGACCUGCAUUGUACCUUACAUGGAUGACUUCAUCGCAUCCCAAGAGGACGCAAUCCUACAGGGCUUCAUCGGGAGCAGCGUCGUAUGGCCAAAGAACAUCCUCUCUAAUCUCUCCCUCUCCCUUUGUUGUUCCGACAGAAGACGCACCUCUCACCACCCCUCCCCUCCUCCUCAGUCCUACCCGGUCCUCCUCCUCGGCACAGGUCUCAACACCACACGCCUCUUCUACUCCGCCACCGCCCAGCACCUCGCUAGCGCCGGCUUUGAGGUGAUUGUAAUGGACCACCCCUACGAGACAGACGUUGUCCAGUUCCCUUCGGACGGCACCGUCAUAUACGGCGGUCGCGUGCCCCGUGAUCCCAACGCAACUGAACAGCUCAACUUCGCCCUCGACGUGCGGGCGCAGGACGCCUCGUUCGUGCUGGACACGCUUUUUCGCAUUCCAUGGUCUGAGUCGCGCAAAGUAGCCAAAGUUGGCUUUGUCGGGAGUUCGUUUGGUGGACCGGCGGCGGCGGUGGCCAUGUAUGCUGACAAGAGGAUUGCGGCGGGGGUUAAUCUGGAUGGGUAUAUGUUUGGCAAGCCUGCGUUAGAGGAGGGUGCGCCUGGUCCGUUUUUGAUACUGGGGUCGACUGGGCAUAACUCGUCUAGUGAUGACUCGUGGGCGAGGUUUUGGGAUGCUACAAUGGGUAAUGAUAAGAGGCUUCAAGUUCAAGGGGGUCGACAGAAAUGGAUGAAGGAGUUGACCGUGGUAGGCUCGACUCAUGCAACGUACACGGAUUCGUCUCUGAUCGGGGACAUAUCUGGCCUGAGAGAUAACCCGCAGUUGGUGGAAUUGGUGUUUGGAGGGUUCACCGGGAUGCGUGCCAUGGAGAUCAUGGGGGAAUAUCUGUCGAACUUUUUCCGUUUUGCGCUGCAGGAUGCUGGGGAGGAACUACUGGCUGGGCCGAGCUCCAAGUUCCCCGAGGUCCAGUUUGUUAGAACAUUGGAGAAGGGAAGUGAUCCACCAUCCUAGGUGAUUAGAAAUCCUGAUUACGAACUUUAUUAUACCUGACCCUGUCUAGCUACUGCCCGGCCUUGUCUGUUGUUGAUAGAGAUGGACACCUAGCAUACCUAUUAGAAGCUUGAAUGGAUGAAAAGAUCAUCA